GCCGCAAGUUGGCUUGACAUCGUCAACCAUCCCCCGUUCAGGCCUGUCAAACUUGUUGUGGCCGCUUUAUCUUCGCUUUUACCCUCUUACACUAUUUUGUGUGGCUGUAUCGCUAUAUCAAGCCAUCGUUUUCACUGCACCUCCGACCCUUUUGACAGUCGCCCCUGGUGAAUCAUCCGUUCAAGAUGACCUCACGUAUCGACAAGACAAUAGCUCGACAACGAGAGAAGAUCGCUUCUGGUGCUUACUAUGAAGCUCACCAGCAACUGCGGGUCAUCGCUGCCCGGUAUAUUAAGCAAGCGAACUACGAUGCGGCGGCAGAGAUUCUUGCUGGCGGCGCCGCCGCACUACUGAAAGCUGGAUCUCAACAGGGUGCUUCUGCCAGUGGCGGCGAUUUGGCGAUCAUGUUGGUGGUUGAGGUCUACACAAAGGCGGGGUGGGAGAUCACUGGAGGAAAUGACGAUGCGGAGGGGCGGGCUCGGAAGAAGCGCUUAAUUGAACUUCUGCACGAAUUCCCGCCCGAAGAGCCUACGCGGAAAAGGUUUAUCCAGGAGAUGAUCGGUUGGAGUGGCAGGUUUGGACCCUUAGAACGCGGCGACCCUGAGUUGCAUCAUGCCGCUGGAUCGGUAUACGCGGAAGACCACGAACCCUAUGACGCGGAAAAGCAUCUCAUCUUUGGUACCUCGGAAUCAGCUGAGACUCUGGCCAAACUGGAAUUCGAGUGGUACACCCAUGACGAACCGCACACUGCCGCACUUUAUGCCUCUCGCGCGGUAUUCCCAUAUCUCUUGAUCGGAAACCUUCGCAGCGCCAACAAAGCCUUCCUUAUCUUCACGUCAAAGCUUUCCUCCACCAACCCCUCACUCGGCGUGCAAGAUGUCAGCAGCGCUAGCUCUGACGUGCGCGUCUUCCCCGCGCUGCCAUUGUUGAAUUUCAUCAGCAUGCUGCUCCUUACGAUUCAGCGCGGUAGUUCGGAUUUGUAUAAGCAGUUGACGGCGCAUUAUGCAUCUCAUAUCAGAGACGUCGGAAUCUGGGAUGACGCACUAUCUCAGAUAGGCGAGCAAUAUUUCGCAAUCAAGAUUCCCAGACAGAGCAACCCGCUGCUGGAUAUGAUGGGAAGCAUGUUCUUUGGUGGCGGUCAGGAUGGUGCUGGUGCCCGGAUGGCACCUCAGGGCAGAGGAGGGUCGAAGAGGGUGGAAGCGCCUCCGACGAGUAUGGAGCUCGAUUAGAGGGAUGCCUGGGGAAUUUGACGAUGUAGUAGCCUGCAGUCUGAACGCAUCAUUCAUCACGCAUAGUGAUUAGUAUAGACCAUCAUAUCGCAAACGAAUCGGUUAGGCCCUUGAGUCGACUUCAGCCUCGUACAUCCAGUUAUCUUCCUCCAAGGCGGCAACCUUAUUGCGAAGGCUCUGGUGUAUACGGUUGAGUAUUUCUAUAGACAUCAGCCGAAUCGCAUCGCAACAUAGAUCCUGGGAAUGUAAUCGAGGCUCACCGGCAGGCUCGAUACUCAUUUGUCUGUUUCGAUUCCGAUACAUCAUCUCAACGAGGUUUGCCUCCAUCUCUACUUCGUUAUUAGCUCGCCUGACUUGGGCCCUCGGGGCGCAGAGCUGAAUCUCCACCUACUCUCUUUCUCCUGCGCGCUCAAAUUGCCCCCUGCUGCGCCGGAACCAUCGCCGGCACCCACACCUUCUAUACCCUCCAUUUCCUCACCAUCUUCGCCAAUCAAGGGGGG